AUAAGAUGGCAGACUUUCGGGACGACACCGGAGCUCGAGCCCUACUGGCCUUGCAAUCUGCCCCGUGCAGCCCUGUUCGAGUCGGGGUGACCUCACCCGCAUACCCUCCCAAUUUCACCUUCUCGGGCUCUUCGGUCCUGAGCCGGGGCUGCGCAAUGCCUCCUCGCCUCGCGUCCCCUCCUCGGGCCCUGGCCAGGCUCGAAGGCCGGGACUUUGAUUUCGUCAUGCGGCAGCGGACAGUGACUGUAGGCCGUAACUCGUCGCACGGCUCCGUGGACAUAAACAUGGGUCACUCCAGCUUCAUCUCUCGGCGGCACCUCCAGAUCACCUUCGAGGAGCCGUGCGGGUUUUCGCUGCGCUGCCUCGGCAAGAACGGGGUAUUCGUGGACGGCGUGUUCCAGAGGAGAGGCGCGCCACCCCUGCAACUGCCCCGAGAAUGUGUGUUCAGGUUCCCCAGUACAGUGAUAAAAAUCCAGUUCACCUCUCUGCUGUCUGGGGAGGAGUUGAGAGAGGAGGAGCAGCGGUCUCCCCCGCCCCGCCUCACCCUCCUCCCCCACAUCUCCCCCCUCAAGAUCAGCAUUCCCACAAUGCACCAUGAUGACCUGCGACACCUGGUCAGCCCGCUGCCCUCUCCGACAGGGACCCUCAGUGUUCCUAACUCGUGCCCGGCCAGUCCGAGGGGUGCGGGGUCAUCGGGUUAUCGCUACGGACGCAACGUGACCUCUGACCUACAGCUGGCUGCGGAGUUCGCUGCCAAGGCUGUCUCCGAGCAACAGAGGGGCGUUGCCGAGCAACACGGAGAGUCCGGCGGCGGAGACAGCCCCAAGGAUGAAUCUAAGCCUCCCUACUCGUACGCCCAGUUGAUCGUCCAGGCCAUCUCUUCAGCACCAGACAGACAGCUGACCCUGUCUGGAAUCUACACACACAUCACCAAACACUAUCCCUACUACCGCACCGCUGACAAGGGCUGGCAGAACUCGAUCCGCCACAACCUUUCUCUGAACCGUUACUUCCUGAAGGUGGCUCGUAGCCAGGAGGAGCCUGGGAAAGGUAGUUUCUGGCGCGUGGACUCGGCCUCGGAGGGCAAGCUGGUGGAACAAGCCUUCAGGAAGAGACGGCAGAGGGGCGUGGCCUGCUUCCGCACGCCGUUCGGACCGCUCUCAUCCAGGAGUGCCCCAGCCUCCCCCACCCACCAGGGUCUCCUCUCCCCUCCCUCCAGUGGUCUUCAGACCCCAGAGUGUCUCUCCAGAGAGGGGUCUCCUCUGUCUCACGAACACCAUCACCACCACGACCUGGCUCAUAAACUGGCCUCCGUACCAGAGUACAGAUAUACACAGAGCGCCCCAGGUUCUCCAGUACACGGCCAGCCUGUCAUCAUGGCCGCCCCGCCCCACCCCCUGCCCUCGGGGAUGGGUAAACCCCUAACCUUGUUCUCAGGCCCCGGAGUCGCUGGAGGACAGACUCUCCACAUGCUACAGAGCCCCCCCAACACCCUCACCAUGCUCCGUCUGGUCACCACGGCUACGGCCUCCCACCCUCCAAACGGGUACAUCCUCACCCCCGGCGGGGGGCAGAGUCAUGGUAAUACCGGCGCUGGCCAGCAGGGAGCAGAGGGCGCCAGUGAGCAGAGAGACACCCAGCAGCAGCAGAAUAGGGAGCGAGUGAUCCAGUCAUUGGAGGGAGCUCAGCAGGGAGGUCAGGGGUCAGAGGGGCGUAGCCUAUCUCUGGGGCUGCACCAACUUCCUGUCCGCCCUGUCACUCAGAACGGCAAACACACUGCCGUCGCCACGGCUACCGGCGUCGCCAACGCUUACGCUCUGACCAGUCCUCUCCAGAUCCUGGCAGCCCAGGCCUCCAGCUCCCCCCCAGUCCUGGUGAGCAGACAGCCCAGCGCGGGGCCUGAUGUUGGGCCGGAGGUGACAGGCGACCCCCAGGCUAAGAGGCCUAAGAUGGAGGAGGACGAGGCGGCUCCUCCCAUUCAGCAGCCGGUCAUCGUGGCUAUGAGUUCUCAGCCACACGACAACAGGAAGUAGAACUGCUGAACUCUAACCCCUGACCUGGUGUCUAGAGGAGGAGGAGGAACCUCUCUGGGUGAACCAUCUCACCAGUCUGACCCCUGGGUCCCGGUGUCUGCUGGUUCGACCUCUGACCCCUGACCUCAAACCUCCUACUGAUAGCUCUCCCGGAACUCUUACUGAAAAGUCAUCCAUGACUGGUAUUGAUUAAUAACUACCAGUGAUCAAUAAGCCUGUCCCUGACCUUUAACCCCUGACGCCAGAUCUCCCUCUGUAGUGCCAUUGGAGACGCACCCCCCCCCCCCAAAUGGCACCCUAUUCCCAACAUAGUGUACUACUUUAGACCAGAGCCCUAUUCCCAACAUAGUGCACUACUUUAGACCAGAUCCCUAUUCCCUACAUAGUGUACUACUUUAGACCAGAGCCCUAUUCCCUACAUAGUGUACUACUUUAGACCAGAGCCCUAUUACCAACAUAGUGUACUACUUUAGACCAGAGCCCUAUUCCCAACAUAGUGUACUACUUUAGACCAGAGCCCUAUUCCCAACAUAGUGUACUACUUUAGACCAGAGCCCUAUUCCCAACAUAGUGUACUACUUCAGACCAGAGCCCUAUUACCAACAUAGUGUUCUACUUCAGACCAGAGCCCUAUUCCCAACAUAGUGUACUACUUUAGACCAGAGCCCCAUUCCCAACAUAGUGUACUACUUCAGACCAGAGCCCUAUUCCCAACAUAGUGUACUACUUCAGACCAGAGCCCUAUUCCCAACAUAGUGUACUACUUCAGACCAGAGCCCUAUUCCCAACAUAGUGUACUACUUCAGACCAAGGUUUGAGGUAAGGACCAGCAAACACUGUGGCCCAGGAGAGGAGGGGCCCUGCAGAACCCGGUGUGUGUUCUCCUGCUCUGUAGCGGAGUAGGAGAGGAGAGGAGGAAGAGGAGAGGAGAGGAAGGAAGGGAGGAGGAGAGGAAGGAAGGGAGGAGGAGAGGAAGGAAGGGAGGAGGAGAGGAAGGAAGGGAGGAGGAGAGGAAGGAAGGGAGGAGGAGAGGAAGGAAGGGAGGAGAGGAAGGAAGGGAGGAGGAGGAGGAGAGGAGAGGAGGAGGAGGAGAGGAAGGAGGAGGAGGAGAGGAAGGAGGAGGAGGAGAGGAAGGAAGGGAGGAGGAGAGGAGGCUAAUCUAAUUUAGACGGUCUGAUUGUGUUUCUUUAAUUUCAUCAUUAGAAGGUGCUGAGUUCUAACCUGGGUCAACUACACACUGCAAAUACUCUGUACUAUACUAUAAUGCUGUAAUACGCUGUAGUAUACUAUAAUACUCUGUAGUAUACUAUAAUACGCUGUAGUAUACUAUAAUACGCUGUAGUAUACUAUAAUACGCUAUAGUAUACUAUAAUACGCUGUAGUAUACUAUAAUACGCUAUAGUAUACUAUAAUACGCUGUAGUAUACUAUAAUACGCUGUAGUAUACUAUAAUACGCUGUAGUAUACUAUAAUACGCUGUAGUAUACUAUAAUACGCUGUAGUAUACUAUAAUACGCUGUGGUAUACUAUAAUACGCUGUGGUAUACUAUAAUACUCUGUACUAUACUAUAAUGCUGUAAUACUCUGUACUAUGCUAUAAUACUCUGUACUAUACUAUAAUACUCUGUACUAUACUAUAAUACUCUGUACUACUCUGUAGUAUACUAUAAUACACUGUAGUAUACUAUGUACUUUACUAUAAUGAUGUAAUACACUAUACUACUCUGUCGUGCUCUUCCAACUGAGCCCCACGGAACACAGCACACCUGAUUCAACUAAUUAUCAAGCCUCUGAUUGUGUGAAUCAGGUGAGCUGGCUCGGAGCUACAUCAACAUGGUGGAAUGUCUGGGGUCCACGAGGAGAGGUUGGAGAACCACUGCUAUAGUGUGUGUCCCAGGUGUGGAUCUCAGCUGUGUGUGACCCAGGUGUGUGUCCUAGGUGUGGAUCUCAGCUGUGUGUGUCCCAGGUGUGUGUCCUAGGUGUGGAUCUCAGCUGUGUGUGACCCAGGUGUGGAUCUCAGCUGUGUGUGACCCAGGUGUGGAUCUCAGCUGUGUGUGACCCAGGUGUGGAUCUCAGCUGUGUGUGACCCAGGUGUGGAUCUCAGCUGUGUGUGUCCUAGGUGUGGAUCUCAGCUGUGUGUGUCCCAGGUGUGGAUCUCAGCUGUGUGUGUCCCAGGUGUGGAUCUCAGCUGUGUGUGUCCUAGGUGUGGAUCUCAGCUGUGUGUGUCCUAGGUGUGGAUCUCAGCUGUGUGUGUCCCAGGUGUGGAUCUCAGCUGUGUGUGUCCUAGGUGUGGAUCUCAGCUGUGUGGAUCUCAGCUGUGUGUCCCAGGUGUGGAUCUCAGCUGUGUGUGUCCCAGGUGUGGAUCUCAGCUGUGUGUGUCCCAGGUGUGGAUCUCAGCUGUGUGUGUCCCAGGUGUGGAUCUCAGCUGUGUGUGUCCCAGGUGUGGAUCUCAGCUGUGUGUGUCCCAGGUGUGGAUCUCAGCUGUGUGUGUCCCAGGUGUGGAUCUCAGCUGUGUGUGUCCCAGGUGUGGAUCUCAGCUGUGUGUGUCCCAGGUGUGGAUCUCAGCUGUGUGUGUCCCAGGUGUGGAUCUCAGCUGUGUGUGUCCUAGGUGUGGAUCUCAGUACAGUUUCAUAUUUUAGCAUUAUCAUGAUCAUUUUAUCCCUUAAAAAGCCUUAAAUGUUUAUAAUGUUUGUUGUUUUUGUUUAUCUAGGGAGCUUUUACUUUUUAACAUUUAAGGAGGAAGACUUUUAUUUUGUAACGUUGCAGAAUGCUUCAGAACAGGACUUUUAUUUUGUAACGUUGCAGACUGCUUCAGAACAGGACUUUUAUUUUGUAACGUUGCAGACUGCUUCAGAACAGGACUUUUAUUUUGUAACGUUGCAGACUGCUUCAGAACAGGACUUUUAUUUUGUAACGUUGCAGACUGCUUCAGAACAGGACUUUUAUUUUGUAACAUUUCAGACUGCUUCAGAACAGGACUUUUAUUUUGUAACAUUGCAGACUGCUUCAGAACAGGACUUUUAUUUUGUAACAUUACAGAGAGAGAAGCGUGUUUCAGAUCAGGACAUGGUGAAUUAGAAUGUACUAGGUUCUGUGGGGUUCUAUUCCUCAGCCUGUCUGUUAUAACUAAUCAGGACACCAUGUUUGUAACACUUCACAAUGUUUUUCUUUUUCUUUGUUUGGUGUUUUCUCAUCUGCUGAUCACAAGUCUUUAUAUAAAAUCUAUGAUUGUUGCAUUAAAACCAACAUAAAAAAAAUAAAAAACACUGCUAAACGAAAGCUAUUUCAAGGUGGGUUGAGACUAUGGUGUUUUUAAAGGUGGGUUGAGACUGUGUUAUGUGUUUUGCUGAAAGUAUUUUGCUAUUCUAUUAAAUCCUACUCUUUUUUUUUUUUGAGAAGAAGAAGAAAAAGUAUGUAUUUUAAAAAUGUUUGAUCUGUUCUAAAAUUUGUAGCACAAAUAAAAUUAUCUCAUUGA